AGAGCAAUAGAUUUCUAAAACAGCUACUGUUGGUUUGUUGUUUUUCAUGCCCAUCUGAUAAGCCAGAGAGUGAGGGUGAUUGGGUAGGAUAGUGAAAGUGGUUACUAUAUACGGCAUAGCAGAACUAAAAUGUAGGAAACCACACACACUAUACAAGACAGACCUUGUACACUAUUAUACAUGUAAGGCGUCUCCUACUUUUGAAGCAUAAUUACAAAAGUGUUGUAGCAUUAGCAUAUUCUGGGGUGUUCCUGUUUUUUUAUCAGCUCAUUUCUGCGUGCGUUGCUUCAUUUGCUACUGCGUAAACUAAAAGGGAAGAGUAAUCAAAGACUUCUAGAAGAGGCAGCAGGAGACUCAGACCAACUUAGAGUAAAGACAGAAUCUCUCAGCUAAAAGAAACAUGGGGACUGGUCAAUCUACACUGGAAGCAGCUUCGACACACAUACAAAGAGCUGCCAUUAUCAUGUACUGCUUGAUAAUUAUAGUUGGAACUCUGGGCAAUGCUCUGGUCAUCUACGUGACAGGAUUCAAAAUGAAGAAAACAGUCAACUCAGUUUGGUUUCUCAACUUGGCCAUAGCUGACUUCCUCUUCACGGCCUUCCUGAUGUUCUCAGUCAUUUCUCUCUCUCAGAGUCACCGAUGGCCUUUUGGACAAUUUGUGUGCAAGCUCAACACCUUUGUGAGUGUAGUCAACAUGUUUGCCAGCAUCUUUACUCUGACAGCUAUAAGUUUGGAUCGUUGUUUGUCCAUCUGGGUGGUGGUGUGGGCACAGAACAAACGCACAGUCUGCAAAGCUCAGAUCAUAUGUGUUGGUAUCUGGGUGAUUGCUGCGAUCUGCAGCACUCCUUAUGCCACUUUUCGCACUGUGUUAGGAGAUAAUGGGACAUAUUCCUGUAGUUAUUCUUUGACACAUGAACAAAAAUGGAGUCUCCACAUUUUUCGCUUUCUUAUGGGCUUUGUGAUCCCUUUCCUGGUAAUAGUCAUCUCUUAUGUGGCCAUAGGGAUCCGUGCAAUGCGCAUGCAGAGAACAAGGAGAAGGAGAUCUCGCAGAAUCAUUUUCUCCAUCAUUUUUGCAUUUUUCAUCUGUUGGUUGCCCUUCCAUGUUUUCAGCUUUAUAGAUACAUCUAACCCAGAUCUCAGGAACAUUGUUUUAAUCGUGGGUCCUCUGACUGUGAGUCUGGCUUUUCUGAACAGCUGCCUGAACCCCAUCCUCUAUGUUUUCAUGUGUGAAGAAUUCAUGAAGAAGCUUCGACAGUCCAUAUGUUUUGUACUUGAGAGUGCUCUGGCAGAGGACCAUGUGUCAUUUAUGUCCACUCGCUCCAUGUCAUCAACAUUUUCAAGAAUUUCACGAAAGUCAGAUGCUGCCACAACUUUAGAGAAGAUCGACCCAGCUGCUUUUGAAUCCUGCACAGAAAGCAAAGUGGUCAUCACUGAAAAGACACUGAGCAUUUAAUAAGAUCUCACCAAUGAUGAAAUAAAUCAGUAAUGCAAGAUGUUCAUCUCAUCUCUUUGAAACAUAUAAUGUUGGUACCCUGGCUCUGAUUAUUAUGGGUGUCCUAUAAGUCUGUUGGGGUAAGGCAUAAUAUAAUUAUGCAUGAAACAAUAAUCAAAUCAAUUCAGUCAGAUUAAGUUCUUGGAUGAUCAAUUAAUGUAACAUAUAACCCAAUUUUUUUUAAAAGAAAAUAAGACUUCUAUGCUGUUGUUUUGAAGAUAUUGGAUUUCCAUCAUUUGAAUGUCAAAAUUUUUGUGUCAUUUUUAUAUUUGUAUAUCUAUAUACAGCUUCUUUAUCCAUGUAAAUUACUAUCAACAUGUAUAAAACUGUGACAAGUGACUGAACAGUGAGUUUUU